AUUUUCAAUGUUUUGAUUUUGCCGCCGUGUUUGUUGUAUAAUAACCGGAACAGUAGCCUAGGGGAACACACAAAAUAGUUUGGUUUUAUAACACUUUAUUUAAACUUGAUAAAACAUAAAACUUGAUUUUUUUGUUUUACUUAAAGUAUUAAUUGUAUGUAUAUUUAUAAAAAAUGUUGUUUUUAGGAUAAAAGAUGCACAUACGUUAUGGAUAAGAUCUAAUUUGCUUUCCUAAUGAUGGUUUCCGUUCAUAGUAUUAAAAGCGUAAACAUUGGAAUCGAAAUUUCAUUUGCGGACGUAGAUGUAGCAGGCUACACAACAGAAAAGAACCACUGUGUUAAUUUGAAACCGUAUCCUUUAUUUUUUUUAAAACAGAAUUUUACUAAAGUAGAAUUCCAUUAGCCUAUAGUAGGGAGAAAAAUUAUAAAUGAAUUUUUACUGUAGCAUUGGUUCUGGUAGAUGAACAACGAUUUGACUAAAGAUUAAUGUAGUUCUGAUGAUACUGUUUUUGUGCAUAUUUACAUAGUGGCGGAUUUAGGGUAUGUCAAGCUAGUCGAGUGGACGUACUUAAUUUUCGUCAAAAGCCUUGUUGCAAUUUUAAAAAGUAUUUCCCUUAAGUACAAAAAUUUUCCAGGGUGGCUUUCGUAAUAUGUAAUAUGCUCUGGGUUGAAUUUCUACAGCUAAAAUUUCUACACAUAAAACACACAUGCGUGUAUUAUAUAGUUGAGCGUAUGUUCAUCAAUGAUAUGGCAUUAUAUGUAAUUAUCUUGGAGUAACUUCACAUCUUGUUUUAUUAGGGACACAAAAUUCAGUUAUUUGCUUUAAUUCACUGUAAAAAUUAUAUAUAACCCCUAAUUUAAUGUCGCUGUACUUUGGCUUACUUGUUGUAUUAGGGGGUUAAAAAUAUAAAUAAGGACAACAUGUGACUGUAAAAAGCAUAAGCCAACCCCUGUAUAUUUAACAUAAGUAAAGUCGAAUAAGGUGAGAUUAUUUAUUAAGGGGGAAUGGCUUGUGAAAUACCGCUAAAAACCGUUAAAACAAAAACAAAUGACGCUUUACUUCGUCACACAAUAGUUUUUCGCAACAAAAAUAAAAUGGUCAACAUAUUUACUUUUGAAAAUUUGUUAUCAAAGUCGUAAAACAGCAAAGAAUUAAGAACUUGACAAAAAUUGUAAAUCUACCCCCUGAUAGAUUUAUUGCGACUGACUUGUGAAGAGAUUUCCAUGCUGAACUUAAUAUGAACUUUAAAGUGGUAGCAUGUGUGGUGUUCGUACAAAGUUUGUUUGUCAACUACAGCAAGAAAACACAUGAUGUUUUUAUUAAAGCUUUGCUCUUGGCUAAGUUGGAUAAAGAAGUUGUUGUGGCCGGCACUAUGAAUUUUCGAAUUAAAAGCAGAAGUGAAAUAAGCUGCUAUUUUUAAAUCAACGUUUUAGCUUAAAAGAAUGGUUUAACAAGACCUCGAAAAAUACUAUUAUUUGGUGAACUUUGUGUGUCGCUGAAUGGUGUUUAGGUGGAAGGAGAUUUUAAAAUCCAUGGCAUUUAUCUAUAGACAUUUUCCACACAAAAUGAUAUUCCAGUCAGUGUGUAGAUUCACCCAGAGAAAGUUAUCAAGAUAUAGCUUAGUUAAUCAGAAGAAUUUAUCAUGUCACUAUGAUAUCCUUGGCUUACAUAAAUCUGCUUCAAAAAAAGAUAUCCGUGAGGCGUACUUUAAGAAAACCAAGCAGUAUCAUCCUGAUAAAGAUCCUAGUGAUGACAGCCUCCAUGAAAAGUUUGUUGAGGUAACACAAGCAUAUGAAAUCUUAGGAGAUCAGCAUUUAAAAAAUAUUUAUGAUGGCAUCAGUCAUCCAAAUAUUGUUUACCAACAAAGAACUCGAAGAAAUUCAACAAGCGGUACCAAUCCCUUUGGUACCUAUGAAGACCCUGGGAGUGAGUGGCACUGGGAUGAAGGGACACGAAGAAAAGCAUACGAUGAAUUCUAUAAAACAUACAAAGAUUACCACAAAGAUUUACAAAAGAAUUAUGAAGAACGGCGAUCUAAGAAUAUACUUUUGCUGUCUUUUCUAUUUCUUCUUAUGGUGGCAAUUGGUGCCUUUAACUUCGCACGAAUAAUGUUGUAUCACAACGAAUUUCAAAAGCACAUGGAUAAAAGAACAGCGGAAAAUGCAGCCUUUCUCAAGGAUAGCCGGACAGGAUAUAAAUCUUUUGUUGCAAAAGUGACGUCUGAAAAAUCGAGUGAAGACAGUCCUUCGUGAGAUCUCUUGGAUAGAUGAUAAACACUAUCCACAUUGAAGGCUGUGCGCAUAGACCUCGCGAUGGUGAAUCGAUAUGGGACAAGUGAUAAAACGAUGUGACGAAUAUCAAGUCUCAACUAGGAGGUCUUCUGUUUCAUAAAAUUUUUCUACAUAUGACUUUAACCCAGCGAUGAAACAACGGGGAUAGUUAGCGUUACCUCUGAAUAAUAUAUUGUUUCUUUCUUGCCUUAUACUAUGUUAUAAUUAUUAUUUCUAUAUAAUAAUUCAUACUAAAUGCUUUAAUUUCUAUGAAAAAAAUAUACAAACAUUUUUUUCUUCACAAAAAAGUGUUAAAAAUGUUGUCUAAUAAGACUAUUUAUGUGCAAUAAGAUAUGGUACUGCACAUGCGUCAAUUUUUUUUAAAAAAGUUUUUUUGUUUGGACUGAAGUUUGUAAAAUAUUUAUUUAACAGCACGCAUAUCUCAAGGAUAGAAAUAUUUACUGGAAAUUUUGAUCCCUGUUCGCAAAAUUAAGCUCCGCAAAAUCACACUUUUCUUGACCCCAUUGCAAGAAUAAGUCCUCCAAUUGUUUUUUAAAAAACUUUUCAAUUGAAACAACACUGGAAGACAAUGAGUAAGCCGAUAAUCUUUUAACAAUGUAUUGCAACUGACAUUUGGUCUUUGUAUUAUGUUGCGCAGAACCAAUCACUUCCCUAGGGAAAUAUUCAGAAAACAAAAUAAACGUUCUUAUCUUUUACAAAAAACCUUCAAAUCGCAAACAUUAGUUUCGCAUUUUGUAAUGAGAGCAACUAAGCGUAAAAAUUUUUAUUUUUGUGCCUUUCAAUCGCAUAAAUAAUAUUCGCAAAAAUUUGUCUCCUUGAGGACUUUAAAUGUAUUAUUGUAGUUUAACUUAUAUUUUCAAUUCUUGUAAAUA